AUGAAUAACGUCGGGGCCCGUCGGGGUCGGGCAGCAGAGCUCUACUGGGGUCUGGAGAACGGAACAGCCCGACCGGGUCUGGAGAACGGAACAGCCCGACCGGGUCUGGAGAACGGAACAGCCCGACCGGGUCUGGAGAACGGAACAGCCCGACCGGGUCUGGAGAACGGAACAGCCCGACCGGGUCUGGAGAACGGAACAGCCCGACCGGGUCUGGAGAACGGAACAGCCAGGAAGAGAGGCCUGGGGGUGCGGAGGGAGAGAGGCCCGGGGGUGCAGAGGAAGAGAGGCCCGGGGGGGUGCAGAGGAAGAGAGGCCUGGGGGUGCAGAGGAAGAGAGGCCCGGGGGGUGCAGAGGAAGAGAGGCCUGGGGGUGCAGAGGGGCAUGGGGGGUGCAGAGGAAGAGAGGCCCGGGGUGCAGAGGAAAAGAGGCCCGGGGGUGCAGAGGAAGAGGCCCGGGGGUGCAGAGGAAGAGAGGCCCGGGGGCAGAGGAAGAGAGGCCUGGGGGGGGUCAGAUCUCUUGUCGUAG